CCCAGAAGACACCGCUUGCGCGCUGCCUACUCUCACUUGAUGCACAUGAACUGUUGAUCCUCGGUCGCUAUCGAUUACUCUCGGUCACACGAAUCUUUGCCACUAGCCUGAAGACUGCGGUAGGGGGGGCCACCGUCGCGUCCAACUUCGAAUUGCCGUGAGAACCGGACUUUUGACCCCUCCUGAGCACUCUACUAUCUCAAUUAUCUUCGAUACUACUUUCGGUCCAUUUUCCUGCUCGUUUGCAGUUGUAGUGCAUAAUGCCGCGAUCAGCAAGGCUUGCCAAGGCUAGCCGUGUUGCGCCCUCUCCAGGGCAAUCUGGGAGCGAUCGCAUUGUUUCAAGAACGUCUAGAGCCUCAGCCGCGCGACGAUUCAUCGCCAACUCCUCGGAUCACGACGGUGACGACGACAACCUGUCUGAAGAUCCCUUGUCAGAUCCCGCCCCGAACUCUGCAGUAUCUACCAAAUCUUCCUCUCGACGUCGUGUUAUGGAAGGCGUUGUUGUUUCACAGAUGCCCUCACGAGCUAGCAGACGCCACCUCACUGCUACCAGCGAAUCCUCGGCAGCCUCGACUGUCUCCACAAGAGAUGGCUCCACCGCUUAUGAAACUCCGAACACGACUGCGAUGAAUACACCAGGAGGUGAACUUGGCUCGUUGUCUCUAAGGGGACCGAAGUUCAGCCUUGGCGGGGCCUCGAUCAUGGAGAGUUCAAAGCGAAAGCGAGGUCGCCCAUCGAGAUCUGGAACUUACAACAUCGCUGAUGACGAGGAAUUAGCUUUAAGGCUUCAAGAGGAAGAAUACGGGGCUUUGCCGAUAGGUUCUGAUCGGAAGUCGCGAAGCCGACGACCUGUGAUCGACGACACUGAAGCAGACGAAGUCGAAGAUGACGAAACCUCUGAGCCAGAAGAGGGCUUCGACGAGCCACUAUCUAAACGGCUGCGGACGAACAAGACCAGGAAUAACCAAGCGAGGCGUGUUGCAAGUCAUCUCGCUCGGACCAGGAUUGCUAGCUCUACACCUACGACGACGUAUGGCAAUGAUGAGGAAGACGAAGAAGAGUCUGAGUUUGAUCCUGACAAUAAUGAUGACGAUCAGCCUACGAAUCGUCGUGGAUCUACUGCAUCAGGUGACGAAGAGAUUGAGGAUACGAUGGACCAGCUUGCAGAAACGUACACGAGCCGCCGGGCACAAGUGGCAGCACGACGUAGAGCCCGCAUGGCCAGAAUGCGAGCCCGCCGAUUUCAAAGUGGAUAUGACCGCAAGGAAGCACGCCGUGCAAAGCUUGAGAAAGCACAUCCCGAGAUAAAGACUAUGUGGACGGAUCUCGAGCAAGUUCCGAUCAUCAAGCCCGUCGAAGCUGCGCAGCCCGAGGCCAUAACACGUCGUCUUAAGCCAUUCCAGCUCGAAGGCCUUGACUGGAUGAUCAAGCAAGAGAAGUCACGAUAUAAAGGUGGGCUCCUUGGUGAUGAGAUGGGCAUGGGCAAAACUAUUCAGUCCGUAUCGCUCAUAAUGUCCGAUUUCCCGGCCAAGGAUCCUACCCUUGUUCUUGUUCCCCCAGUGGCCCUUAUGCAAUGGCAGAAUGAGAUCAACGACUACACAGACGGCAAGCUGAAGGUUUUGAUCGUGCACAAUACGAAUUCCAAAUCUAAGAACUUGACGACGAAAGUUAUCCGCGCUCAUAAUGUGGUCAUCAUGUCUUAUAACUCCCUGGAAUCCAUGUUCCGCAAGCAGGAGAAAGGGUGGUCUCGUGGCGAUAAUAUCAUCAAAGAAGACUCUCCCAUUCAUGCGAUCACGUUCCACCGUGUCAUCUUAGACGAGGCCCACAGCAUCAAACAACGUACAACAGGCGUAGCAAGGGCUUGCUUCGCGCUGAAAAGCCGGUACAAAUGGUGCUUAUCAGGCACUCCAGUCCAGAACCGGAUUGGCGAGUUCUUCUCCCUGCUCCGAUUUCUUGAAGUGCGCCCCUUUGCGGACUACUUUUGCGAAAAAUGUCCGUGUGCCCAGCUACACUGGUCCGUUGGCGACGACUACAUGUGCACUCAUUGCAAGCAUUCUGCUGCCGAGCAUCGAUCCGUCUUCAAUGAGGAGCUCCUGAACCCAAUCACGGGAGACUCGAUGAGCAUGCGUUCAGAAGCUCUCGACAAGUUGCACAUGAUUACUGCUCGUGUCAUGCUUCGACGCAUGAAGAGAGACCACACUUCGUCCAUGGAACUACCGCCAAAGGAAAUUGUAAUUCACAACGAGUUCUUCAGCGAAAUAGAGCGCGAUUUCUCGUCCAGCAUCAUGACGAACAGCACUCGCAAGUUCGAUACGUAUGUUGCUCAAGGUGUUAUGCUUAACAACUACGCCAAUAUCUUUGGACUGAUCAUGCAAAUGCGUCAAGUCGCCAACCACCCCGAUCUCAUCACCCGUAAGUCAGCUGAAGGUGGCCAAAACGUCCUCGUCUGUUCCAUCUGCGAUGAGCCGGCCGAAGAGGCAAUCAAAUCGCGCUGCCAGGGCAAUAAAUGUCAUUUCUGCCGUGCCUGCGUGAAAAGCUAUAUCCAGACAUGCGAAGCUUCCGGGAGUGAGGCUGACUGUCCUCGCUGCCAUGUCCCACUAUCGGUGGACUGGGAGCAGCCGGAGAUCAUCCAGGACGAGGACGAGGUUAAGAAGUCGUCCAUCAUCAACCGCAUCAACAUGGAAAACUGGACGUCGUCGACCAAGAUCGAGAUGCUCGUGUACGAUCUGUACAAACUGCGCAGCAGAAAGCGAACGCUGAAGUCGAUUGUGUUCUCUCAGUUCACGUCGAUGCUGCAGCUCAUCGACUGGAGACUAAGACGCGCAGGCUUCAACACCGUCAUGCUAGACGGUAGCAUGACGCCGGUUCAACGGCAGCGCAGCAUCGAUUAUUUUAUGAACAAUCCAGACGUGGAGGUCUUUCUCGUGAGCCUAAAGGCUGGUGGUGUUGCACUCAAUCUUACCGAGGCGUCUCGAGUCUUCAUUGUUGAUCCAUGGUGGAAUCCCGCAGCGGAAUGGCAAUCCGCCGAUCGAUGCCAUCGCAUCGGCCAGACCAGGCCUUGUGUCAUCACACGGCUCGUCAUCGAAGACUCGGUCGAGUCGCGCAUGGUCAUGCUGCAAGAGAAAAAGGCGUCCAUGAUCAGCGGCACAAUCAACAACGACAAAGUCGCCAUGGACAAACUGUCGCCUGAGGACCUGCAGUUUCUCUUCAGGGGCACUUGAGCUUGCGGACGGCGCGACCGUUAGCAAAGGAAUGAUUAUAUGAGAGAGCGAAGGCGCAGUUACGCAGGGCUAUUGCUUCAGUCAUCUUGUGCUUGGUUCGUGUUCAGUGAUAGAUUAAAGAUGGGACGCUAUAGGGGAUGUUGAGUGGCGGGGAGAUAGUCUAGCCGUUCUUAACAAAUCGAACUUUUUCAGGCACACGCUGUGCUUUUGCGC